GUGAUUUACCUUCACAUCCUCAAAAGGCGAACCCCACUAAACCCGAAUCGCCCAUAUCCAUUGUCUCCAUUUUCUUCUUCCUCUUUUAUCCCCUCAAACGACAGCAUUUCAGUAGCCGGACAAUCCAGUGGAGGAACGCCCUCCGUAGUACGGUGGACCUCACCGGUGGCCUCGCCCUUCCGAUUCGUAGGUUUGAUUUGCUAUCGGAAAAUCACCCGAUAAAACAACGUAGCUGGCCAUGAUUCUGCAUGGAUUCACCAUGCCCUCUGCGGGUGUUUCAAUGAGUUCAAGGUUGUCUAAGCCCAUGCCAUGUACUUCUGUUUAUGCCUCAACUCCCCGAUUGCCUACAAUAAAUGCGUUAUUAAGUAUCACGAGUUCUUGGAGGCAAGAUCAGGAUUCAAAGUCCCUGCUGGUUAAAGGUUUGCCUCCUUUGCACCUUUCUGCUGCAUCAACCCCAUUCUUAAGUGGGAAUUUAGGUGGUUUAUCUCAUACAGUACCCUCAUUUCCUAGGCGUAGGAGCUCUGCUUUGGUGCCACGCGCAUCAAAGGAUGUGCCAUUCAGUUUCCGCUAUCCUCCAAUGACUAAGAAGCCUAAAUGGUGGUGGAGAACUUUAGCAUGUCUCCCUUACUUAAUGCCUCUCCAUGAAACAUGGAUGUAUGCAGAGACAGCAUAUCAUUUACACCCCUUCUUGGAAACCUUGGAGCUUUUGACCUACCCAUUCCUUGGAGUCAUUGGGAUGCUUCCAAGAUGGUUCCUGAUCGCAUAUUUCAUUGUUGCAUAUCUCGGAGUCGUACGGAGAAAGGAAUGGCCUCACUUUUUCAGAUUUCACGUGACGACUGGAAUGCUAUUGGAAAUUGCCCUGCAGAUGACAGGGAUUGUGAGUCGCCGGAUGCCGCGUGCAGUCUACUGGGGUAAGCUGGGUAUGCACUUUUGGACAGCUGCAGCAUUUGCCCAUCUAUUUACUGUUUUGGAGUGCAUACGGUGUGCUCUUGCUGGCAAGUAUGCUGACAUUCCUUUUUUUUGUGAUGCUGCAUACAUCCAAAUUCCAUAUGACUAAGGGUGGAAUGUAAUGAAAGAGUUUUGUAUUCUAUUUUUGUUGGUUAUUUUGUAUGGGAAACUUUUUGAGUGGAAACACGGAUUUCUUACGUUGAUGCUUUGAUGAAGUUUCUAGUACUGGAUUCCUUAUUUCUAUUCCUGUGCAGGAUUUACAUGCUCUGCUGUUUCUAUCUUGUUGAAAGUAAGUAAAUCUUACUCUUAAAGGCAUCACUCUGAUUGGUCAAACAGUAUGUUUCACUGUUCUAUUUACAUGUGAUCUAACAUCUUUUUGCCCUUGACUUUUGACAUUGUAAUUUUGUUCCUACAGAUAUCACUUUGAUUCUUUUUAUUGCACUGACUGAUGAUGAAAUCAUACCCCUACUAUGAACAUGAUCCAGGCAAAGCUUACAAUUGUUUCUUUAAGGUUGUUGGGUGAUUCCUAUGCUGAAGGCAACCACUUAAUUAAUUCAGUGGCCAAUUAGGAUUUCGCUUUUAAGAACUUAAAAAAGUGUCUUCGAAUCUGUGCUGUAGGCCUGGUUUCCAUGGAGGGCAACAGAGGCUUUUGCACUAUUGCAUGAGAUCUUAGGAAGGAUUUACAUUGAAUUUAAAGAUCAACCACCAAGAGAAAUUAGCAGAUAUCGAACUUAAACUUUAGAAGUGAAAUAUUCUAUUUUUAUCCACUCAACAGACAUUUAUCCGCGGAAUCAUUUUAUCCUUCGCCCCAAACUAUGGUUAGUCUUUUCCUCAACCCAACGGCUUGGAAAAUGAACAAACUCCUUUUCAUAAGUUUUAACCAAAGCAAAGUAUGAUCUAGCCCU